CCACGUUUCAAUGGGCUAUGAAUGUGAAGUUUCAAAACUUCGUCAACAAGACACGGCUGACCCAAUGAAUGAUCAACUUCUGCGUCAUCGUGUACAUGGAGACAUCUUAGUCUACUCGGAAACCUAUCACGGGCACGCACAACAUAUCGAGUGGACGCUGGGAACUCUGAGAGACGCUGGGUUCAAGGUCGCGCUCGAGAAGAGCGAGUUUUUCCUAUCAAAGAUCUCGUUUUUGGGCUACGGGGUGACGCGGGGAGGACUGCGGCCAGAUUCGAGAAAAGUCGCGACGGUGAAGGAUGCCACCGUUCCCACAUCGUUGACGCAGGUUCAAACCUUUUUGGGACUAGCAUCGUACUAUCAUCGUUUCAUCAAGGGCUUUGCCGCGAUAGCAAGGCCCUUGACGAACUUGUUGUGGAAGGACCAGCCUCUCAGUUGGGACGCCGAGUGUGAGCAGGCCUUCGCUACCCUCAAGGACGCCCUGACCACAACACCUAUUUUGAUCCGGCCGGACCCUACGAAGCAGUUCAUUCUCAUUACGGACUGGCAACCGGAGGCAAUCUCCGCCAUUCUAGCGCAAAAGGGGAACGACGGUCGUGAACACGUCAUCGAAUAUGCAUCACGCACAGUGCCAGACGAGCGGAGGAACGAUUCGGCCCCGCAAGGCGAAUGUUACUCCGAGUACGACUUCGAUAUCGUCCAUCAGAAGAUGGAGAGGCACGGGAACGCCGACGGACUGACACGUCUGCAUCGACCAGCUAAGGUGACCGCCUCACUCUCGGGGGACCGGUGCACGUUGCCCGACACUGGUUGCGGGACUACGCCCGGGGGGUUGGCGCACAUCGCCGAUGACACUGAUUCGGUGGAGGCAGAUGCGUCUCUUGGUGCAAACAGGGACUUCCCCAUUGCUGUUGGUAAGGUGGAGACAUAUGCAGUGAUAGGUGGGCGUGGGGAUGAUCCGAUCGGUGCUAGUGUGGAUGAUCCGGCCGGUGCCACUGCUGCACUUGAUGAUGGUGUUGUCGGUGCAGUUGAUGAUGGUGUUGUUGGUGCAGACAAGGAGACCGGUGAUGGUCCCAUUGCGCGCGGGGAUGUGUUCUCCACUCUAGAUCUGGGGUUCUGGUUGGGGGAGAGUUUCACCUCCCUGCUGCCGCACGUGGCCCUUAUUGCCCCGUGUGGCUCUGCACGAGACUUCGGGGUAGCACCAGCUGUGAGGUUGAUGCAGAAACACCAGACGGGCGCAGCUAUCUGGGUAAGAGAUGGAGUUGGGGGGGGAGCUACAACGUGGAGCAGACGAAUGGCUGAUGACCUUGGAGAAGGGAUGCAGGCGGUUACAGAUGGCAUGAUGUCUACCUGCUAUGCCCUCUUCACUGAGGGUCGCAACCUGUGCUAUAUGCUUGAGGACCGGCUGGAGGGCGAUAACAACAUGGAGGAUGAGGACUGGCAGGAGGAUGGAGUGAAGGAAGACGAAGAUAACUCCGGCGUCAGCAUCAACAACAACAACAACUUGAACGACGACGACGACAACGACAACGACAACAACAACAACAACAACAACAACAACAACAACGGCAACGGCCACAGCGACAACAACAACUUCAACAACGACAGCGUGGUCGGGGACGAUGGUAAAAGCAACAACAAGGACAACAAAAUCAAAAACAACAACAAUGACCACGGUAACAGCGGGACUGGCAGCAGUGACCGUGCAACCAAUUUCAUCAUCAGAAUGGUGAGUGAGAUGCCGGGAUCUGGCGUGGACAGUGGGAAGGGGAUUGGGGCUGAAACAAAGUGGUGUUCUAUUCUUCCCCCCUCCAAUCUUGAUAUGGAAUUGUUUCUUGCUGUCCGGCUCAGGGAGGGGGUAGGAUAGUCGAAGGGAUUGAAAUUGCCCGACCUGCAAUUCCAAUCAAGAAGGGCGAUUAGC